UUCAGCCCAAAACGGACCCCCCGAGGAGAAAAGCAACAGGUUGUGCAAUUGCCUAGCUGGAUCCUGCCCUGACUCCGAGGAAGAAAAUAAACGCAGGAAAUGGAGGAUGGCGGGCUAAAGCAGCUGACAUCAACACGCGUAGAGUAGGCGUAGCAAUUGCAGCGCGGAGGUUUCCUGCUUAUUGGAUGCAUCCUGCGAGCCCGGGGGUCAUGACUGUGGAGGAACAUCUUGCAGGUGUUGUUUGCAAUGUAAAGUAGGCGCUGAAGCUAGGGAGGAAAAAGGACAAGCAGGGGUUUACCAGUUGCGAUGUUCCAUUCAGCAAAGGGCUCCAUUUCUGAAAUUGAAACAACUUUAUAGAGCUGCAGCGCAAGCACACCGAUGCACACCAGUGACACGCGCGCGCUUGCACGAGGGACUAGGUAGGCGAGCAAGCAAGAGACAAGAAUGCAAGGGGAGCCGGAGAUAUGCCGGGACUUCCGCAAGGGUGUUUGCUUUCGGGUGAACUGCCGAUAUGCGCACAUCAAUGCCGAUGGGACCCCGGGGACGCCAAACGACCAGCCUGUGUGCCGCGACUUCGAGAAUGGGCGCUGCUUCCGGAGCAACUGCCGCUUCUUCCACCGGUCGGCGCCAGAGCUCUUGGCAGCCAACCUGGCCAACUCGAAGCGACAAGGGGAGCCCUCCCCGCACGACCUCCUUGAUCGCUUCGGCCCCCUCGGCAUGAAUCACCCAGACUUCCCUUCGUACCCUUUGGGGGGAAACGAUCUGAGCCCUUCGGGGGAGUUCUCUCGUGACGCACGCGCCCUGCUGGCACGCGAACUGGCCAAGCGAGAGCUCGCCAUCAGCAACCGCAUGCUCGAGCUCUCCCUCGCAGAGCGCGCGCUUCUGGAGCUGAGCAUUCGGGAGCGGCGGCAGGCGCUCGGCCGCUUGGACCCGGGACUGUUCCAAAGCCUCGGCCGGCGGGACAGUGUGCCCGUCCCCGGGUUCCACGACCUGGCGCAAAUGGGGGUGCGCCCUAGCCCCACGCUGCCAUCCGCUUUGAACCGCACGCGCUCGGUGCCCGUGCAAGGAUUCCAAGACUUACGGGGCGUGGCGCCACAGCGGCACACUGAUGUCAUUCCGGGGCCCCGGCUGGAUCGGCGAGGCAGCGGCCCGGGGCAGGGGAUGGACAUGGACGGGGGGGAGCAGGAGGGGUCGCGAGAGGGGGGGGGCUUUGGCUGGCAGCCCCCUGGGGCGAGCGAGCGCGGCGAGUUCCCCCCUGGGAUGGGGAACCCCCCCCUGGGGCGCUCGACGAGCGAGACGGUGCAGCACUUGCAGGAGAUGCGGCGGGCGGCGGACAGCUUGCUACUCGACCUGGAAAGAGCGCGCCGCAAGGAGAGCCUGUCAGUGCCCGGGUCUCCGGAACUGGUCGGGGGGGACCGGGCCCCUCAGUUGGAACUGGACCCUCGGAUCCUGAAUCGAGCAGGGGGGGCCAGGGGACCAGGUGUGAGCACGGAGGAGGCUCAUACCGAGGGGGCGGCCUUCCAAGCCCUGGAGCGGUAUGCUUCGCUGAGGUCAGCGACGAAGACGCCGGAGGUGCAGGGGCAGGCACCUGCUCCUCUGCAAAAGUAUGCGAGCGAGCCACUCGGGAGGGGGGGUGGCACAAAGCAAGAGCUCGAGGGGCGCAAGUCGCCGCAGGCGGUCAGCGAUCCACGCAAGUCCCCCGAGCCGAUGUCUGACGAUGGGAGGAUGUACGGGGGUGUGCGGGAAGGUGAUGAAAACCCUAGCAUGCAUGGCAGCGAGCGGGAUGGGCAGGGGGGGCUGCUGAGCCCUGAGGAAGGAGACCCCCGGAAAAGCAGAUCACUCCAGGCGUCCCCCGAGACAAACGCUGUCGGGAGUCAGGGCUUCUCCGGAUUUGGGCGGGCCCCUAACGGGCUGACGUCUCAGGGCUUGCAGGGCAUGAAUACAAAUGUCGUGGGGGGGGGGAUGACAGGCCAGGAGUUGCGGCGCGCAGGGAAGGCGGCGGUCGGCCCCCCCGGAACCGGGCCGUCCGACGUCGCGUUCGAGUCGGGAGGCGAGUAG